CGCAAGCCAUCCUGAUAUUCUCUAUUUCCAGCAUCUGUAGUGUAGGAGUAGUUUACUUUAUUUUCAAUAAUUCUGUAUGCUAGGAGCUGGUUUGUGGCUCUACUGCACGGCUGGCAGAUUAGCUCCUCAGUUCUGUGGACUGGCAAUUUCUCCCCCAACGCUUUGAAAGUUUCCUGUUACAAAAUACCAUUUCUUUCUGUCAAUUCUUAGCUUACUCUUCCCGGCAAAGGCAAAUUACAGCACUUUUUAAAAAUAGUUCAAGAUGGGUGUGUCUUCUGGAGAUUCUGCUACUCCUACAAUGUCUGCAAUUGGAUUUGAAGGAUUCGAAAAGAGACUUGAGAUAGAAUUCUUUCCUACUACAUUCUUUGCUGAUCCUGAGGGCAGAGGUUUAAGAGCCCUCACUCGUCCUCAACUGGAUGAAAUUCUGAAACUUGCUGAAUGCACUAUUGUAUCUGAGCUGUCAAAUGAGCAUCUUGAUUCAUAUGUUCUCUCAGAAUCAAGUAUGUUUAUCUAUCCAUUCAAGAUAGUCCUGAAGACCUGUGGAACCACAAAGCUACUUCUUUCAAUUCCUCAAAUUUUGAGCAGUGCAAGUGGUUUGUCUCUCUCUGUAAAGAAUGUGAAGUAUACCAGAGGGACAUUUAUUUUUACUGGAGCACAGUCUUUUCCUCAUCGCAGCUUUGCAGAGGAAGUGUCAUACUUGGAGAAAUAUUUUGGAAUGCUUGGUUCUGGUGGAAGAGCUUAUGUGAUGGGAGAUUCUGAUAAGAAUUACAAUUGGCAUAUUUAUUCUGCUUGUGCAGAUAAUGGCGCAUCUAAUGAGGACUGUAAACCUGUAUUUACUCUUGAGAUGUGCAUGACACAGCUGGACCGUGAGCGUGCUUCUCUGUUUUACAAGAGCAAUAUCAAGUCGGCAAGUGAAAUGACUCUUAAUUCAGGGAUCCGUGAUAUUCUACCCGGCUCUAACAUUUGCGACUUUGAGUUUGAUCCCUGUGGAUACUCCAUGAAUGCAAUUGAAGGGGAUGCUGUUUCUACAAUCCAUGUAACUCCUGAGGAUGGAUUUAGUUAUGCGAGCUUUGAAUCAAUGGGUUACGGUCCGCAAGAUGUUGAACUCAAGGAACUGGUUGAUAGGGUUUUAUUCUGUUUCAAGCCAAAGGUAUUCUCCAUUGCUGUUCACGUUAGUGCGCCUAUUGGGCAAUCCUCAUGGACUGUACUUGAUCGUCCCCCUCAGGGGUAUGUUUGUGACAUGACAAGUGGACGAGAGCUUACAGGAGGCAGUAAUAUGGUGUAUCUGACUUACAGGAUCAAUGCAAAGGAAUCUCAUAGGAUUACUACCUUGCCUUUGCUUGCCUGGGAAGAGGAAAGCGAAGGAAAUGACAGUUUGUUCAUCAGCGAAAAGAAGCAAACCUUGCCUUUGCUUGCCUGGGAAGAGGAAAGCGAAGAAAAUGACAGUUUCUUCAACGAAGAGAAGCGAAAUUGGGAUGCAUCUCAACAAUCUCCCAGGACUACUUUGUCCCUGCAUUCCUGGGAAGAGGAAAGCGAUGGAAGCGACGGCUGAAAGUUUGGGAUAUCCCUCAUGAAUAAGCAAAUUUAGGAUCUCAAAUAACAAUCUUUUUUAGUAUGGGAAGUAGAAUGGGCAAAUGGUUUUCUUCAUAGGUUUUAGAAUGAAAACUAGUAGUUUGGUCAUUAUGUUGUCCUGUAGUGCAGUCUAUAGUUCAUUGUGUUGGGGGAGGGUUGUAGCGUAGGUUCAUCAUAAUUUCAAUAAAUUUCACUAUACAUUGUGAUUUGAUGGAUAAUCAUUUUUUCUGUUUUAA